AUGAAUCUUCCGGCUCUUUCACCAGUCUAUCUGGAAUUUCGUGAAAAAGCACAUGAGGAUGGUGCACCAAACACGGCCGAAUCAACCCUGCAGAACGAUGAUUCACCAAAACUGAAUGAUGCGAAAUGCGAUAGUGUGGACGACAAGCAGCCGGAUAGUCUGUCUGGCGCCGAGUACGGCGGUCAUUUCGGCGCUGAUAAAGGCCAUUUCGAUGCCGAUUGGGGCCAAUUUGGCGCCGAUGACGACAACGAUGGCCACAUCGAGAAAUUCACCAAUGUCACCAGUCGGACCGAGAGCCGGAAGUCAGUCGCCGCCGCACGAGUACGACGAAAAAAAUUCCCAUUGGGAAAAACGGAUUCUGAGCGAAGCUCACAA